GCAUAUGCUCUCAAAUAUUCCCCUCCUUACCUCACCCAAAACCUCACUCCUCCCUAUAUGGCUCCGCCUCCCCCCUCCUCUUCCUCUUAUAAUAAACAAGGCCGCAAGCAAUAUAGUCAUCCUCAUGUAAGAUAGGAGAGAAGAGCUUCAGAGGAGAAAAAAGAGUGAUGAAGUUUGGGAAGAGGCUAAAACAGCAGAUAGAGGAGACCCUCCCAGAGUGGAGGGACAAGUUUCUCUCCUACAAGGAUCUCAAGAAGCUGGUCCGCCUCAUCUCCAGCACCAACCCAUCUACCGAGGCCGAGAUGGCGUUCACAGAUCUUCUCGAUGCCGAGAUCGAUAAGUUCAACGCCUUUUUCGUCGAGCAGGAGGAGGAAUUCAUCAUCCGCCAAAGGGAGCUGCAGGAGAGGAUUAAAAGAGUGAUCGAGACGUUCGGGCCCGGCGGGAGCCAGCCGUCGGAGACGGAGUAUGCGGCGGAGAUGGGGAGGAUAAGGAAGGACAUCGUUAAUUUCCAUGGCGAAAUGGUCCUACUGGAGAACUACAGCAGUAUUAAUUACACAGGGCUGGCGAAGAUACUGAAGAAAUAUGACAAGCGGACAGGAGGGCUGCUGAGAUUGCCAUUCAUCGAGAAGGUUUUGAAGCAGCCCUUCUUCACGACCGACCUCGUCUCCAAACUGGUCAAGGAAUGCGAGAACACGAUGGAUGCCGUGUUCCCGGUGGUAGCUCGAGAGCAAGCUGAGCGAGGCGAGAGGGAGGCAUUGAUGGCAGCAGAGCAGAGCAUCUUCAGGAACACGGUAGCUGCGCUUGCGACCAUGGAAGAACUGAGGAAGGGAAGCUCCACCUAUGGUCACUUCUCGCUGCCUCCUUUGACUUUGCCUGAUGCUGAUCUCUUGCAGCCUUUCCAGCUUCCCUCUCCCAUUCCCAUACAAUAAUAGUUACAGUAAAGAGUAUCCUCUUUGAUGAUAUCCGUGUGAGAUGAACUUUUAUUUAAUAUGCUUUCAUUUUUAUUCCUGCUAGGAUGAAAUGACUGUAAGAACUCAAACACAGUGAGUGCAAGGAGGGAACUUAGCAUUAUAUAAGAAAGGGGCAUGCAGUUUACAUUUGCUUGCUUGUUUUGUACGGACACUAUAACCUGUCGUGUGAAAAAAAGGAAUAGAUGGCAAUAAGCAAAUGGUUUGAUAUGACUUAAUACUUUGGAAGUGCCUGAUUUAGAUAAAAUUU